AGGCAACCACAAGUAAUAUUUCUAGUCAUUUAGAUAUAUGUAUACACACACACUUUUCAUAUACGUACACAACAAUAAGGGAAAUAAGGCGAAACAAGGAAAACCCAUACAAUAACAUCAUAAGAAGGCAACACUUUUUCGACGCACUUUCUGCGAAUCGCGUCAGCACGUAGCGCGCGGCAAAUGCUACGGAUAGUGUAAAGGGUUGGAUCCUUUCGAGAUCUGCGUAUGUGUGUGUGUAUGUGUAUGUGAAUGUGUUGUUGUGUGAAAUCGGAAGAAGUAGCAAGGGUGAAACCCGUACACUGAACAACUCCAAUCCACACUCGGCAGGCGUGAGGCGUGCGGGAUCUCGCCGUAACUAUAAAGGCUAGAGGUUUUUUUUAUUGAUACCAGAGAUUUGGAUUACCGUUACGACCGUUUUCCUUCGCAUCAUCUACAACACCCCGGAUCGGAAUAAGGGCUGUAGCUGCGCAACCAGGCAAAGUCAGAAGUUCAUCUGUACGGUGCGGCAUUGCAGAACGUUAGCACAUACACACAGCGGAACCAACGACCAGGAAGUGCAUACUUCAGAAAACGGAAGAAGUAAGAACCAGAAGAAAAAACACGAAAGGACAUCCACAGCCGACCGAGCGCGAAACGAACGGAAAACGGGCAACGAGAACGGAACGCAGAACACUAUUUACAUAGUAAAACGGUAACCGAAAAAGAAGGGGAAUAGGUGGAAAACAAAAGAUCAAUUGCUUCCUAUUUACAAAAUUAUCCUAGUAAAGAUUAAUUAUAUAAUCUUACAACACGCGUACACGACAAAAGGUAAACAGCAAGUAUUAAAAAAAUAAAUUAAAUAAAACCGGAGGUAAGCGAAAGCGCCAACCAAACCGCGUGUCCACGACGAACGGCUAGAGCAGCUAGAACCCAUCAACCUUGCGAGGCGAAACUAGCUAACCACUACAGGCACGCAAAGGAAGCGAAGGCAGUAGCCAACCCCAAGAUUCCACGCGCUGAAAUAGCCAGACAAACGUACACCAACAUACACCAGUAACACACGCCGUACGCCGACUUGCCGGUGCCGGAAUCGUGCCCAACUUCCAAAAACGCCAGCAGCCUCCGCAACCCAGGAAACAUCCCCUCCGCAACACGAGUGAAGCCGAUAUCUAGUGACACAGUGAGGUGACAGCUGCACGACAAUCAACAUUAGCAUUCAAACAAAGAGAACAAAAAACCAAGAGUGAAAUUUAAAAGACAACAAAACAACAUAAACAAUAUUCCAUCCCCGCCCCGCCACCCCCUCCCUACCGCUCUCGCGUGACUGCCGUAGUAGCGCCACUGGAGGCCUAAACCCCCGGUCCGUGGGCGAAAGUACCGUCUCGAGUGUCUCACUACCACUACUGGCCGGAUCACGUACACAUCGGCAAACCAAACAGCAGCCGAACUGACCAGCUUCCGCAGUGGAAUUAGCAGAUCAGCAGAAGCAAUAUAAACCUGCAGUAUUCACAUUCCAACGGCGUGCAAACCGGGGGAUAAGAAAACACACACCCGCCAACGAGGAGAAAAAAUACAAACCCCCUGGUGCACACCUACGUCACGCCCGUAGCGGCCAACUAUAUAUAUUUAUAUAUACAUGUAUGUGUGUAUAAAAGGGUAAAAAUCUUCUUUAGCCGUACAACACUAACACAAAUUUCCCGUCGUAAACAAAGCAACGAACAAGUGCAAGGCAGAGCCGAGCAAGCGAAAUAGGUGUGGAAAACGUGUAAAAGUUGACCGCAGGAGGAUUUUUUAAGAAUAUAAAAGAAAGCCAAGCAAUUUAGCAAAGCAAAGUAUAGCGAAAACCACUAAAUAUUCUAGUCAAAACAACAAAAACAACAACAAAACAAACGCAUAAAUUCACCAACCCUUUUCACCCUUCCCCAUCACGCCACGGUUUAGAAAUCGUCCGCGGUAUAUUGGCUGUUUGAGCGAAUUUUUACUACGAAAGUGCAAAGCGCUUUAUAAAAAAAAGGAAAAGGAAAAGGAAGCCUGUUCUUAACUCACCCAUCAAUUUCCAGUUUUUUCGAGCGUAAGCAACGUACACGAGUAGGUGUGGUUUGGACGUGAGUGUGCAUGUGUGUUUGAGUGUAUGAAAGAGAAAGCAAGAGAGUGUGUGUAGCGUGUGUUUAUAAAAAGAAAAAGCGCGCGUGCAAUACUUACGAAAAUUCACUUAGCCAGGUGAACGGGGUACAGCAGUAGUAAGCAGUACCGGAAUAUAGCGAGAGAGAAAACGAAAGACAGCAACUAGUCACAAAAGCAGCCAGCACUACCGGAAAGUCGAGCCCCCAAUUCCCUCCCCCCCCUCAUCUGUCUAAUCGCUUCCCCUCUCUAUUGAUCGAACCAGCAAAGGUGCCCCCACUCAGUGAACUCAGAGAACAAACACUCACGUGCUGUGGCGAGCUGCUCGCAACAGAACAAAUAGAAAGCAACAGCGAAUCCAUCCAUCUUAUUAAGAUUAGCGAACACAGUAGUACCGCGGCAGCCGGCGACACGAUGAUCUCGAACGGAUUGGAAACAGUGCAGCAGAAUGGGCGCUCCGGCUCGAUCGGCAGCGGCCAGGAGGACAGCAAGACUAAUCUGAUCGUAAACUAUCUGCCGCAGACGAUGACACAGGAGGAGGUAAAGUCGCUCUUCUCCAGCAUCGGUGAUGUCGAGAGCUGCAAGCUGAUCCGCGACAAAGUCACCGGGCAAAGUCUCGGGUACGGGUUUGUCAACUACCACCGGCCGGAGGACGCAGAAAAAGCAAUCAACACGUUCAACGGGCUGCGCCUGCAGAACAAAACGAUCAAGGUGUCGUUCGCCCGGCCAAGCUCGGACGCGAUCAAGGGCGCCAACCUGUACGUGUCCGGCCUGUCCAAGAGCAUGACCCAGCAAGACCUGGAGAAUCUGUUCAACGCGUACGGGCAGAUCAUCACCUCCCGCAUAUUAUGUGAUAACAUUACCGGCCUAUCCAAGGGCGUCGGCUUCAUCCGGUUCGACCAGCGCUCGGAGGCGGAACGGGCGAUCCAGCAGCUGAACGGCACGACACCGAAGGGUGCCUCCGAACCGAUCACGGUGAAGUUCGCCAACAAUCCUAGCAAUAACAUCAACAAGGCGAUCCCACCGCUGGCGGCGUAUCUAACACCAACGCCGAACCUGCGCCGCUUCCCACCGGGACCCAUCCAUCCGCUCAGCGGCAGAUUCAGCCUGCCGUCAAACUUUAGCCGCUACUCGCCCCUCACCGGCGACCUAGGCAGCUCAGUAUUAUCCGCAAACGCAAUCAACGGAUCCGGCUGGUGCAUCUUCGUGUAUAACCUCGCGCCGGAAACGGAGGAGAACGUGCUCUGGCAGCUGUUCGGUCCGUUCGGUGCGGUCCAGAGCGUGAAGGUAAUCAAGGACCUGCAGACGAACAAGUGCAAAGGAUUCGGUUUCGUUACGAUGACCAACUACGACGAGGCCGUCGUCGCCGUCCAGUCGCUCAACGGCUACACGCUCGGCAACCGCGUCCUGCAGGUUAGCUUCAAGACUAACAACACCAAGUCAAAGGCCAAUUAAAAAUGGGAAAAAUUUUAAGUUUCUUUAAACCGUUUUACACUUAUGCUCCCGGGGUUUUCGAUUCACUUUGAUGCAUUUACCACCCACCAGUCCAUUGUGUACCCAUUAUGGGUAAAAUUUACUGUGAUUAAGAUUAGAUUUUUUUUCUCUCCCUUUCGUGCUUCAUUCUGCACGCUUUUAUGCUUGAUUCUGCAUACGCGGUUGUGUGCAAUUGGUUUUUUAUCUUUUAGUUUAAACUGGCUUCCAAGAUGCAGGAAGAUUUUAGUAGCACCCUCAUUUUGAACGUUAAUAUUCAAAUUUGAUACGAACAUGCAAAUCAUACGAAUGUUGUAUAUGAAACGGUAGUCCCACUCUUGCCAGGGAGCUGUAAUGUUGACUUUGUGUGGAGCAUAAUAUUAAUUUUGCAUACCAAACAACACAAAACUAGCAAAACUAUCCCAAGUAGCAAAACCGACAACAUGCGCACAUGUGACGUACACAGUAAUCAGAGGCAGAAACACGCACAAUGCGAUCACGUUAGUGAUCGCUAGAAUAGCGCCGUAAGUUGGUGCGUUAAACCAUCGAUAUCCCCGCUAGUCUAAUGUAUGUGUUUGAUUUUUUUUCCAAAACCCCCAGUAUGACGAGUCUUCUCGACAAAUGGUGCAAUAAUUAUUUCCUUGGCCAUAUUAACCCAUUACUAGCGAUUAAGGAUGAAUGUAUUUAAUUUCAAGACUAUAUAUGUGAGCGUGUGCGAAGGUUAUGCCGGCCAUUUCAAAUGAUGCAGUCAGUUUUGUUUCCACCCUUUUUCCCCGUGAAAGUCCCCAAAAUGGCACCUUAGUGAAAUUGAUAACUAGAGUCAAAUUGCCCAAAACGCUCAAAUAAUCUUUGUAAAGCAAAUAUAUUAAAUGUAAAUGAUAUUUUAGAAUGGUGAAAAACGGAAGGUAUGAUGUAAAAAAAAAAAAACGAACACGCUUGCAGAGCUUCCGCUCUGGUAUAGAAACCGGGAAUGGCUAUACCCGACUAGUUUUUACCAAUCGUGGCUGUCAAAAGCUGUCUGAAACAUUGAGAGGGUAUAGAGCAAAGAGCAGUGAAAAGAAAGGAAAUUGAAGGAAACAUAAUUGGGCAGCAUUCGCAAGGUGUGACAGAGCGCGUUACAGAGAGCGCUCCCGCCUAAUAUCGAAAUACAAGUCUAGAACAAUGUGUAUGUGCAAUAAUAAUCAAUCUAAAACGAACAAAAAGCAAAGCCAACGGCAUUCGAGAACAACUGUGAAUUAAUAAUAUAUAGUUUAGCAAAAUCCAUAUAAAUGCCACCUGGGGACGGUGGAAACAAAAAUGACGCGCAGUCAUUCGAGGCCGCGUUGCAUCACCGCAGGAGAGUUUUAUGAUUAGGUUAGGUCGAUUUAUUUUCUCAUACGCAUACCGCGUAAAUAUAUUUAUUUGCUUAUUUAUUUAUUUUUUAUUUAUUUCUUUAUUUAUUUAUUUAUUUAUUUAUUUAUUUAUUUAUUGGCCUAUUUAUUUGAUCACUUAUCACCGCUUAGUUGGUAGGCAGCGUUACUCACGCACUGCGAGCGAGGACGAUAAGUUUAAAAACCUCAGCGUGACAACCCCGUUACGCUUCCCCGCACAGUUUACACUUUGCAGAUUUGAAAUAUGUUAACCGAAAUGGUAACAUACUAAGGUGGAGUACUACAUUCCCACUAAGAAAAUACAGCAGACAAAUCCUGGCAAGUGAGCUCGAGCCGCCUUGAUAAUUAAAAGAGCGCACCUUGCGGAAGAGCGAAGAAUCCUCUAACUCUCUCCUGCGUGCCCCUCGGCAAUAACUAUUUUGUAUCGUCUCUCCAUCUCAUUCUAUUCUAAUCUUAUUUAUCUGUACUGUACUCACAAACUAAGUAAGCCAAGUAUUUAUCUCUUACCUUAUCAUUCUUAAUGAGUAAUGAAUUAUUAAUUAUUCGAUGUAUCAGCAUUAUUCAAAACCAAAAAAACAAGAAAAGAAAAAGAAAGGAACGCAUUAUGGUGUGCGCAAGCCUGCGUUUGUGAUUCAGAGUACGUCAAAACACAACACUUGUUUGAUCUCAGCUUGUUCCUCACCGAAGUUAAAGCAAAUGUAACCAGCCACUUGCAAUCAAAGAAGACUUGCACACACACCCUAGCACACCGGAAUGGCAAAAUGCCAUCAAAGGAAAGCAAGAAGGAAAAGAGGAGAAAAGACACAAACAAGGAAUAUAUUACGUUCCAUGUACUAUUUCCUUUCAAUUUUAACCAUUUAAUUCCAAUUAAUCGAAUAAUUGUAUCGUAUUAUCCCCGUAUGUAAAGUACGCAACAUGCAAACGAUUAUUAUGAAUAGUAAUUUAUCUUCAGGUACGCGGUUCGCUCCUUUUCUCUCUUUCUCUCUUGCGUACGCACCGGCAGCACGCUCUUUACUAAGCGUUCCUUAUUUAACGUCGCUGUUAAGCUAAAACGAUUCAAUCCAGUAGCCAGAGAGGUGAGAAAGCAAUAGAGCCAAUAUAUGCUACGCUGUGCAAACGCACGAGAGGGAAAGAGAGAUAGAGCGCGGUAGUAGGAGAGGACGUACCAUCUUGUUCUGAUUCUUUAACGGGAUUCAGGAGGGACAGGAGCAUUUAAAAUAAGUUUUAAAUAAGAUGUUCAAUAAUUUAGCACUUAUGUUAUUCCUAGUACGAAUAUGUGUGUGUGUCUCUGUGUGUUGGAGCGGAACGUAAUGAAGUAAGGUGAUUUGCCCCUCACACCUCCCUACGCUUGUGGUGGAAGCAGGGGCACGUGAGGGGUGCAAGCGAGAAAACAUGCUGAAACGUAUGAGCCUAGUAGCAAAAUUCCAAAAUUAAUACCAAAUUACUUUGAACGUUAAAUGAAUCAUGUACGAUGUGUUGCCCGCCAUUACCUUCCACGCGUGUAAUGGCCCGCCUCGCGAGAGAUAGGGCUUUUUCGUUCUUUGUGUUGCGCGGUUUUGGUGGGUGCAUAAUGGGAAACACGAAAACAAAAACUGUAUGAAAAUAUUACCUUAUUGCUGUGUAGUGCAACUUUCAAUGCGGAGGGCAGUCAAACAAAGCUGGGACGAGUAUUGUGAGCAAGGAAACACGGAAAGUAAGAUAUACAAUUGAACGAUUAGUCAAGAGCGAGUCAGAAAGAGAGCGAAACAUAACGCAGCGAUCUCUUUGUAGUAAAAUUUUUAUUCUGUGACUUUUUCACCCUUUUUCGUGUUUGUUUUUUGUGUCUUCUUUGUCCAUUGAAAUGGGUUUAUGGACCGCAGCGAAGAACAGAUACAAGAGGGAAAUAAUAGCAGGACAGUGUAGGAAAGAAGAGAGUGAAAGGGCGCAAUAAACGCGGUAAGAAAGGAAACAAACUUUAAUUCAUAUUUAGCCGAACUAAGUUUAAUAAAUGAAAUCUAAUUGUGCUUAAACUAAUCAAUUUAA